UUUUCUUUUUCUUUUUUUUUUUCUUAAUAAUGAAUCGUCUUCGAGCACUAAACGCCUUUUACACCCGAUCCUACAACAAACGGCCCAUUUUGACAUUAUGUGUGACAAAUGGUAUCCUUGGUGUACUCAGUGAUACACUUGCUCAAAGCAUAUCUUAUUACGAAGCAAGCAAGAUUGAACCUUAUAUCGUACCCGAAAAAUUGAGAGAACAUGAAGAUCUUUGGCCACCCAGUCCACGAUGGGAUCUGAUUCGAACUUUUCGUUUUGCAGCUUACAAUUUUUGUGUCGCGCCCUUGGGUGGAACAUGGUACAUGUUUCUCGAUCGGUUCUUUCCGGUGCCCAAAAAUGCUGCUCCACGAACGGCCAACGUGAUGGCUAUCAAACGUAUGGCAACCGAUCAAUUGUUAUUUGCCCCCAUGGGUCUCGUCCUCUUCUUUACGGUGAUGGGGUUGGCAGAGACAGGCAAGUGGGAGGGCGUGAAAGAAAAGUUUAGAGACGCGUAUACACCGGCAUUGAUCACCAAUUAUGAGGUAUGGCCAGCAGUUCAGUUUAUUAAUUUCAAAUGGAUGCCUCUACAGUAUCGAUUACCAUUUGUUAGCAGCUUGGGUAUUCUCUGGAACGCUUACCUUAGUUGGCUCAAUAAUGCGUCCAAGCAAGAAGAGUAUGUAUUGUCAAAGCUUGAUAAGAAAGAUCCAAACUUGGAAGUAAUUCAAUCAGCCUAAAUUAUAUAUGUGUAUAUUUUUAAAUACCCCCUUUUUCUUUCAUAAUGAAUUAUAUGUGUAUUUCGUAAAUAAAUAUUGAAUGGUAUAUAUAUAUAUAUAUAU